UUUCUAUUCUCACUUUCCCGAUAUAGUAACCAUCCUCUCUUUCUUCUUUAUUCUUCUUCUUCUUCAACAAGCAGUGUCUGUGUUCUCAUCACCAUCUCUGAUCUGAUCUGAAGCGGUAGAAGGGGAGAUUCAUAGGAAGGAAGAAGAGAGCUAUAGAUAUGGGUCGUGGAAAGAUUGAGAUCAAGAAGAUAGAGAACCCAACCAACAGGCAGGUCACUUACUCCAAGCGAAGAAAUGGCAUAUUCAAGAAAGCUCAGGAGCUCACAGUUCUUUGUGAUGCUAAGCUCUCUCUCAUCAUGUUCUCUAAUACUGGCAAGUUCCACGAGUACAUCAGUCCCACCACUACGACAAAGAAGAUCUUUGAUCAAUAUCAGAGAACUCUAGGGAUGGAUCUUUGGAACACGCACUACGAGAGGAUGCAAGAAAACAUGAGAAGGCUGCAAGAAAUCAACAAGAAACUAAGGAGAGAGAUCAGGCAAAGAGUGGGUGAAGAAUUGAACGAUCUGAGCAUGGACGAAUUGCGCGGUCUUGAGCAAAACAUGGAUGGUUCUCUGGCUGUUGUACGCGAUCGAAAGUACCAUGUGAUCAAAACUCAAACUGAUACCUACAAGAAGAAGGUAAGGAACUUGGAAGAAAGACAUGGAAAUCUAUUACUUGACUUAGAAGGGAUAUCUGAAGAUGCACAGUAUGGGUUAGUGAACACUGAGGGAGACUAUGGCUCUGCUGCUGCAUUUGCAAAUGGGGUGUCAAGUCUAUGUGCUAUCCGCCUUCACCUGAGCCACGAUCACCAUAACCUCCACCAUGGAGGUGGCUUUGCAUCCCAUGAUCUCCGCCUUGCUUGAGUAGCCACCAGAGGUCAUCUUCCACGUUGGAAACUCGUCUACUAUGUCUUAUGGAUAGAUAUCAUGUUUGAUCAAUGUAGACCUACAUAUGCAUAUAAGUUUGCGGACUAAUAUCAGAAUCAGUUACCAGAAACCAGAACAGCUUCUGGGAACUUAUUACUUCUUG